AUGUCGAUACACGUGCGGUUGAAUACAAAUUCUGUUUAUUUAACAUUGAUUUUUUACAGAGCAAUAAAAAUACGCAUUCACUAUACCUAAUGGAAUCGAUGAAUUACCUGGGUGUUAUAUUGCUGGUUUUAACUCAGUAUAUAGAACCCGUACAAUCACAAGGUCCAACGAAUAACAGUAUUGCUGCGUCAAUCUCUGAUGCCGCCAGGGAAGUGACUGCAAGAAGAUCUGGUGGACUUGUUCAAGCACAAAGAGCUGCAUCAGGUCAAAGUGGCCCACAAGGAAUAGCCUCUCCACCUGCCGUUUCGCCUGUGGACACCCCUGUAUCAAUUCAUGCGCGAUUUUUUUCUCGAAGAGAAGCUCCAGACUUCGUUGAAGCCGUAGGUUUUGCAGGAGAUCUUGUUACGACUUCAACAGCUAAUUUUGCUGCAAGGAAUGGUGGUGCACUUCCAGAUUCUGCAGAAUUCAGGAGACAAUUGGUUCCUUACUGUCCAAUCCGUUUUCCAGUAUGUAAUCGAAAUGACUUGUACAGAACAGCAAAUGGCACUUGUAAUAAUUUACGUAACCCCUUAUGGGGUGCAUCUUUUACAACACAGGCAAGAUUUUUGCCUCCUGCUUACGGCGAUGAAUACAACCUUGGUUUGAUACCACGAAGAAAAAGUAUAACUGGAGUCCCGCUUCCUAGUCCCCGAGAUAUAUCCAACACAUUGUUCAAUACAGGGACAUCACCACCACGGAGUAAACGAUUUAAUAUAGCUUUAACUCACUUCGGACAGUUUAUUGACCAUGAUUUUGUUUCAACGCCCAUUCUUAGAGAUGGUGACAACGAUGUCCACUGCUGCAUUGGCAAUACCUCUGUCAACAGACCCGAAUGCUUUUCCUUCAGUACACCGCCUGGCGAUUUUGAAUCAACAUGCAUGCCGUUUGUGAGGUCAGAUUUUGGUGUGGAACCCGGAUGUAUUCCAGGACCAAGAAACCAAAUAAAUCAGAGAACAUCCUUCCUUGAUCUCUCUGUGGCCUAUGGGAAUACACUGGAUGGACAGAAAGAUCUACGGGAAGAUGGAACAGGACGACUUUUGGAGGGAUUAAACAGAAUUCUUCCUGAUGGACCUCCAGGAUCCGAAUGUUUAAAUGGAGAGACGUGCUUUAAAUCUGGAGAUAACAGACCUGCCGAAGUCCCUAUGUUAACUGUCAUUCAUAUCAUAUUCCUACGCGAGCAUAACAAUAUUGUAGAAAGAUUGAGGUCAUUAGGAUAUUCAGACGGAGAACAACUGUAUCAAGAGGCAAAGAAGAUCCUCACAGGAAUAUAUCAACAUAUUAUAUAUACUGAGUAUUUGCCAGUUAUACUUGGAGAUCAAGGAAUGGACAUAUUUGGACUUCGAAGUACUCCAAGUGGGUUCAAUACACAGUAUAAUCCCUCUGUUAAUGCUGCUACUCGGAAUUCAUUUGGAGCUGCAGCCUAUCGAUUCGGACACUCUCUUGUAGGAUCAUUAGUUGAAUCAUUCAAUGAGGAUUUUACUCCACGUGACAAGGAGCCAAUGGAAGAUCAUUUUUUCAGUACACGUUUAAUAAGGAAUUUUGAUGAUAAGUUUGGUCCAGACGCAAUUUCAAGGUGGAUGACAACGCAAUUCAAAAGUAAAUCAGACAGGUUUUUAACACCAGCUGUCAGAAAUAGACUCUUCCAAACAAAGCCAAAGAACGGUUUUGAUCUUUCUGCGCUGAACAUUCAGCGAGGUAGGGACCAUGGAAUACCCGCAUACAAUAGGUGGCGAAGGUUCUGUGGACUGCAUGCCGCUCAACAUUUUGGAACAAAUUAUAAUGGAUUGACCGAUCACGACUCUUUGUCAGCAAAAGCUUUGAAAUCCGUUUAUAGGAGUCCAGAUGAUAUUGAUUUGUUUGCUGGAGGUCUGACAGAGAAAAUAGCACCAGGGGCUCUAGUUGGACCGACGUUCAGGUGUUUAAUUGGAUUCCAGUUCAUGUUGUUCAAAACCGGCGAUAGAUUUUUUUACGAAAAUAAUUUCUAUCCAACAAGAUUCUCGGCAGCCCAAUUACAGCAGAUUAAGAAGCAGACCUUGUCGGCGCUGUACUGUAGAACUCUGGACGUGAAUACAAUGCCCGAGAGUGCAUUUGAUACUCCAUUAGCAGGGAAAGAACGCAAACCAUGUAAUACGUUUACUGGAUUGGACUUGAAACCAUGGGCUAAUAAAUACAAUCCUUACAAAGGAAAUAAAUGAUAAAAAUACAUAAAACAAAUAAAAAAAACAAGAACAAUUAAACGUA